AUGGCCUUUUUCAACAGUCUAGUCAACAUGGGCAGCAGCUUAUUUUUCGAGUUGAACAACUUGGCCUAUUCAAUUUCUAUUGCUGUAUUGUUCCAACUCCUUUUUUUCACAACAGUCAUGUUAUUUGGGAUUUGUGUCAUAUUUAUCACAUCUGUGUCAUACCUCUUCUCUGAAUCUUACUACAUUAUUCUUUUGAUAUACGGGUUCUUUUUGAGUGUUAUACUGUUGUACAGAUACUUCCUAUUUUCGGUGGAAUAUUUCUCGAAAACGCUUGAACAAUACUCUAUAUGGAAAAUGAAGUUAGUCCCAGAGAAUCGGAAAAACGCAUCAGCGGCAUUAGUUCGUUUGAUCCGAUCAUAUAAACUUCCACAGAUGAAUGGUGUCAUUUCAGUCAUAGCCAGGAUAGUCUUAGUCAUUACAGACAACUUUAAUCUUCUUAUUUUCAAUAUAGCUUUUGUUGUGAUACUUACUGCAAUCAUCACUAAAGCCUUUUAUACAACGAUCUUAAUCAAUACGAUUGGUUACACUUACUUACUCUUUGGGUGGGUAUCACUUACAUUUUAUUUUGUCGCGGUUAUUGUUGUCGAUUUUAUCUUUGAGGUCAUCAAAACGUACAAAGAAAAAGGCAAAGUUAAUUGGCUUAGAGUUGUUCCUCUCUGUCUUCCUUGCAGUUUUGUUUUUUGGUUUUUCGGGAAGGUGUUGGAUCAUCCAAAGCGCAUCAAACCUAUUUUCAGAGUCGUUGUGUUGUGGGUUGUCACCUUUAUGUUGGUCGCAUUUGUAUUGGUUUUCCUUUUCUCGUUGAUUAUGGUGACUGUAGAUUCGGCGAAGUAUAACACAACAAUGGUAUGUUAUUGGCUAUUAUUUAUCAUCGCAAUGAUCACUGGACUUAUUCCAGCAACAGAAGAUUUAAAAAUUCAACAAAAAGAGGACAAAAAAGAACAAGAAGAAUAUAUUGUGCUUAUGAACCAAGACGAAGAUUUGGACUUUGUGAUGGGUGUUGAAAAACCUCCAGAGGAGUAUAUCCCAACUUCUUAUUUUGAUGUGUUUGAACAAGUCAGGCAGCGGAUCUGUGGUUUUGAAUUUAAGCACUCCGCUUUCUUAGUGGAGGUGUUUUGUGGUAUUCUCUUGUUACUUGUAGUGUUUGAAACGUCGACGUUAUCGUCGCUUUUGAAAACGUCACCAUCAGAAAACUCCAAUUUACCAGACAAGAACACCGCUUUUGCUAAAUUCCGGACGGAAACUAUUUUGUGGGGUGAUUGGAUGAAUGUUGGAUUAAAAGAAAAUUCAAAAGGAACUGCGACAAAUUACGCAAUUGAAUACUCACAUCUAUGUAGCAGUGAUGCAUAUGGUAUAACACCAAAUGAAUAUAGUUUUUUGAGUUACAUGGCGUACCACGAUAACAACAUAAUUCCUGCGAACACGACGUAUGCAACUAUUUAUGGAUUCUUAAAAGAAAGAGGGUGGUCUCUUGAGUACCAUUUGGAAGCAGACGUUCUGCACUAUCUUGUGGCGACAAAUUCAAAAAGCGGAGUUGUUGUUGUGAGUUUCCGAGGAACGUAUUCACUUGACGACUGUGUUCAUGAUUUGCAACUCUUUGUCGAGUCAAUUAUACCCUCUUUAUCUACUACAAUAUUUCCCAUGUUCACCGACCAAGUCCUCUCUUGGAUCAGUUACGCAUUGUCAUAUUUUGGUUCCAGAGCUUUCCCACGUGGUUCGUUGUAUCUCAUUGAUAUUGCCAAAGACGUUGUAGUGAAAUUACAAAAAGAGGUUGGUCCGCAAACCAAAGUGGUUCUAGCUGGGCAUUCGUUGGGAGGGGGGAUUGCAAACAUUGUUGGUGCACUGGUUGGUCUCAACAGUUUUGGUGUUUCACCGCCUGGCAUUUUUUAUGGCCGCAAAAGCCUUGGGCUGACCAAGCAAGAACUCACCGUGACUUCCAGGGGAAUCAUUCCAGAAAGAGAUCCUGUUGCAAAUUCUGGGGAGAACGGGGGACUAAUUAUGCGAAUUCCGUGCUACAAAGACAAAGUGUCGUGUCACGACAUAGGUAUUACAGUUUGUAUGAUAGGAGGUCUCUGUAAUGAGACUGAGAUGAGUGUUUUAUGUCAAGCCGAUUGGGAUGAGUGGGGUUUUUGA